CAUCACCACGUCAUUUGGGUUGACAGAUUUACUAACACCAAAUUUUUACCAAUUUAUCCCAUAAUGUAGAUACAAUAUAACAUAGGACAGGAGUACACUCAUAAAUAAAGAGACCACACAUCAAUGUAAGAACACCACACAAAUAAUAAAAGUAAAACUUUGAAAAAUGGUUUCAGUUAUGAAAAGACCAAAAAAUGGAAUAUACAUCAUACAAGGAGAGAUAUCGUUGGUUGUCACUGCCAUGCGUAGAAGUGCUAGAUGGGGACAACAUACCCAUCAGGAUGAAGAAGGAGAUCCUUUACUUAAAAGUUUUUCCAAGUUGAAAGAUUUGUUAAAUAGUGUAUCAGAUUUGGAAGAAAUUGAACCAAAUACAUUUUUGAGUCCAUUCUUGGAAGUUAUCAGGUCAGAGGAUACUACAGGACCCAUUACUGGACUGGCACUAACCUCAGUAAAGAAAUUGAUUUCUUAUGGACUUCUAGAUCCAUCAACAGACACUGCAGCUGCUGCCAUAGAGAACAUAGCUGAUGCUGUAACACAUGCCAGAUUUGUAGGGACAGAUCCAGGGUCAGAUGAAGUUGUCUUGAUGAAAAUUCUUUAUGUACUAGGAGCCUUGUUACUGUCUCCAGCAGGUGUACUAUUAACCAAUGAAUCUGUUUGUGAAAUCAUGCAGUCCUGUUUCAGAAUUUGUUUUGAGAUGAGACUUAGUGAGCUUUUAAGGAAAUCAGCAGAACAUACACUGAUGGACAUGGUUCAGUUGUUAUUUACCAGACUACCACAAUUUAAAGAAGAUCCUAAAUGGGUGGCUAAUAUGAAAAAGUUAAAAAUGAGGGCAGGUGGUGUGGAUCCAUCUAGAAUGGGUAGGAAGAAGCGAUCGCCAAAACCUCGACCUAGCAGACAAAAAUAUAAUCAAGACAUCAGUACAUCUACUGGACCAUCAGAAACCAGUCACAACACACAAAAUACAGAUGAGUCAGAGAAUGUAGACACCAGCAGUGGACCAAUAGAUGGUGUAGCUUAUGUUAAUGCCCCCAGAGAAAGGCUUGCCACCACGCCUGCUACACCAGGGGAUGAUGGAGUCAUUGAUAUAUGUAAACAAUUUCAGGAAGCAGCACAAAAGGAAAUAGAACAGAUGCAUAAGUCAAACCUGGAAGAGACAGAGGAAAUCUCUACACAGGAGAGUUCAUUACAGGGGACAUCACUUGAAGAUAGUACUGAACAGCCUGUACCAUCUGUACCUGUGGUAUUAUCAUUGCCAGAGGAUGAGGAUAUGAUGAGGAAAUCUUCGAGUGAGACUGAUCUGUACCAAGAGAAUGAGCGAGUAGGUGUGUUACAGUCUGAGAUUUGUGAUGACUCUGAAUCAAUACACUCCACAACAGAUAUGUCUGAGACAGCUUCACAAGAUGAUUUUAUCAAUUCACAAGGAGUUAGAUUUAUGCCUCAUUCACAUAGUAAAGAAGGAUCAGGGCCCCUACUUCCAUAUGGAUUACCAUGUGUUAGAGAGUUAUUUAGAUUCCUUAUAUCACUGACAAAUCCACUAGAUAGACACAAUACAGAUGUGAUGAUACACAUGGGUCUCAGUCUACUGGCCGUGGCAUUCGAGUCUGGUGCUGACCAUAUAGGACAGUAUGAAUCUCUGCUCUUCUUAGUGAAAGACGAAAUGUGUAGACAUUUAUUUCUAUUGUUGCAGUCUGAGAGGUUGUCACUGUUUUCUGCUUCCAUUAGAGUUUGUUUUCUGGUCUUUGAAUCUAUCAGGAGUCAUCUCAAAUUUCAACUAGAGAUGUAUCUGACCAAACUAUCUGAUAUUAUUAUAUCAGAAUCUCCAAGGAUUAUGUAUGAGACGAGAGAGAUAGCAUUAGAUGCUAUUGUACAGUUGUUUAAGAUCCCAGGCAUGGUGACAGAAUUGUUUAUAAAUUAUGACUGUGAUUUAUACUGCUCUAAUCUGUUUGAAGAUACUACAAAGUUGCUGUCCAAGAAUGCAUUCCCAGUACAAGGACUGUUCUCGACCCAUUUACUGUCACUAGAUGCUCUGCUGUCCAUAAUAGAUUGUAUAGAACCUCAUUGCUACAACAGAAUAUUGGCUAAACAGAAGACUGAAAGCACUGCAUUAAAAGAAAAUCAGACAACAGAACUAGAAGUAAACACUGAAGGAUCGACCUCCAAACAAGAUUCAAAAAUAAGUAAAGAAAUAAAUGUAAAGAAGAACCAAAAUGUCAGACAGAACAGAAUGAAGGUAACAGAAGAAAAAGUUCCCACUUCAGAUGAGAUAGCAUCCACAAGACAUAAAAAGAAGGUGUAUUAUGAAGGAACAAAACAAUUUAAUGUAAAGCCUGCCAAAGGUAUUCAGUAUUUACAAGAACAAGGAUAUCUAAAAUCUCCACUGGAUCCUAAUGAAGUUGUUAUCUUCCUGAAAGAAAACCCACGUUUAGAUAAAGCACAGAUUGGAGAAUAUAUCAGUAGGAAGACUAAUGGUGAAGUCCUCAAAGCUUUUGUCACGUCAUUCCACUUUGAAGAUUUAAGACUUGAUGAAGCAUUAAGGUUGUAUCUAGAGGCAUUCCGACUUCCAGGAGAAGCUCCUGUUAUAUCUUAUUUAAUAGAACACUUUUCAGAACAUUGGUCGAAAAGUAAUGGAGAACCAUUUGCUAACUAUGAUGCAGCUUUUACUUUAACCUAUGCCAUUAUUAUGCUGAAUGUUGAUCAACAUAAUCAUAAUGCCAAGAAACAAAAUAUACCUAUGACAAAUGUGGAAUUUAAAAAGAAUGUGAACAAAUGUAAUGGUGGUCAAGAUUUUGACCAAGAUAUGUUGGAGGAGAUUUAUAAUGCAAUAAGGAAUGAUGAAAUUGUUAUGCCAUCAGAGCACACUGGAUUGGUUAAAGAAAAUUACAUGUGGAAGGUUUUAUUACGGAGAGGAGGAACAAAAGAUGGAACAUUUAUACAUGCCCCACCUGGUUCCUUUGAUCAUGAACUAUUCAACUUGACCUGGGGAUCAACAGUAGCUGCUUUGUCAUUUGUUUUUGACAAGAGUAGUGAAGAAGCCAUUAUUCAGAAGUCCAUAACAGGAUUCAGGAAAUGUGCCAUGAUUGCAGCUUACUAUGGAAUGAGUGAUGUUUUUGAUAAUCUUGUUAUAUCCUUAUGUAAAUUUACAACUCUACUUAGUGCUCAUGAGAAUCCUGAGAGUAUAUCUGUGUCGUUUGGAGGUAACAUGAAAGCUAAACUAGCAGCACAGACUGUGUUUCAACUGACUCACAGACAUGGGGAUAUACUGAGAGAAGGAUGGAAGAAUAUCUUGGACUGUAUGAUACAAUUGUUUAGAGCCAAAUUGUUACCUAAAUCAUUAAUUGAGGUUGAGGAUUUCAUUGACACAUCAGGGAAAAUAUCAAUAAUCAGAGAGGAUAACACAACGUCACAAAGAUCAGAGAGUGGAGUAUUGAGUAGUUUUUACUCCUACUUCUCCAUGUCAGAACCAGCCAGUACUAAAGGUCCUACACCAGAGGAACAGGAGGCUACAAGAUUUGCUCAAGAAUGUAUAGAAGAAUGUAACCUAGAAAACCUCAUCACUGAUAGUAGAUUUUUAAGAGAAGAAUCACUACAGGAACUUGUCAAGGCAUUAAUAGUUCAGUCACAAGGCCCAGAGGCCCAUGUUUCUUCAGAAACUGCUUUUGAUGAAGAUGCUGCUGUAUUCUUCCUAGAGUUUCUUAUAAAGGUUGUUUUACAAAACAGGGAUAGAGUAAAUUUAGUGUGGCAAGGAGUAAGAGACCAUAUAUAUAAUCUUGUAGUAAAUGCCAGUGAACAUACAUUCUUAGUAGAAAGAGCUGUGGUAGGGUUGUUACGAUUAGCCAUUAGACUAUUGCGGCGAGAAGAAAUAGCACCACAGGUUUUGACGUCAUUACGAAUAACAUUAAUGAUGAAACCAUCUGUGAUACAUUGCAUAACUAGACAUAUUGCUUUUGGAUUACAUGACUUGUUACGGACUAAUGCAGCAAAUAUACACACUGGACAAGACUGGUUUACUUUGUUUACAUUGUUAGAGGUUGUUGGGGCAGGAGCAAACCCUCCCCCUAUUUUACAAGUGUGUUCAGGUGUAGAAAUGUCAGAAGCAAUAUCUGAUGCAGGUGCUCAGAGUGACAGUGAAGUGACGAGUGUUAGUACAUCAGAUGGUUAUGAUAGAGGAUAUAAUUCCGACGGAGAUUUGUAUGAAUCCCAGUCAAAGGCUCAUAGGUGUCCUUCACCUCUAGAAGUUAGACCUGUACCAGAAAAUGGCAGCUGGUUACUUGUCAAUAGAGAGAACAUUUCCACUAAAGAAGAGCAACCAAGAAAAACCAGCUUAACAACAAAUCAAUAUACCAUAGAAUUAAAUGAAGAACUGUAUUACUGUGAUAGUAAAUCUUUAUUGAAAUCAUCAGAAACAUUAUCAUUUCUGGUACGAGAUGCUGCUCACAUUACACCCUUAAACUUUGAAAGUUGUGUUCAUGCAAUAAGAUCAUUUGUGGAAACAAGUCUAAAUGGAGGUCGACAGAGAAUCCUUUUACCAGAAAAGAAGCCAAAAAUGACAAAAAAUCAGCACAAAAAAUCAAAACUUAAAAUGAAAAAGUCUAGUUCUUCACCAAGUCGUUUACAUCAGAAUAUAAACUUAUCUGAUGAAGAAGGGGAGGUAGAAGGAACUGCUGCAGGAAUACAUUCUUUAUCUAUACAGCUAUUAGAUUUAAUGCACACACUCCACACAAGAGCAGCUUCUAUAUAUAAAUCAUGGGCAGAGGAGGACAAAAUUCAUCAAGAUCCAAAUGAUACUAUAGAUGCUGGAACUAAUGCAUUAUGGCUGAAAUGUUGGUGCCCAUUACUGCAAGGAAUUGCAAGAUUAUGUUGUGAUGUCAGACGACAAGUAAGAAGCCAAGCACUAACUUACCUGCAGAGGGCAUUGCUGGUUCAUGACCUUCAGACAUUAUCUGCUGCAGAAUGGGAAUCCUGCUUUAACAAAGUGCUGUUUCCAUUGUUAACCAAAUUACUGGAAAAUAUAAAUAUACAGGACCCUACUGGUAUGGAAGAAACAAGAAUGAGAGCUUCAGCCCUUCUCACUAAAGUUUUCUUACAGCACCUGACACCAUUGUUGUCACUGAGUACAUUUACAGCUUUAUGGUUAACUAUAUUAGAAUUUAUGGACAAAUAUAUGCAUGCUGACAACAGUGAUUUACUGGCUGAAGCUAUUCCUGAGUCCUUGAAAAAUAUGUUAUUAGUGAUGGAUACAGCUGGCAUCUUCCAGACAUCUCAUGGUGCUGAAUCAACGUUAUGGAAGCUCAGCUGGGACAGAAUUGAUACAUUUCUACCUAAUCUCAGAAAUGAUGUUUUUAAACCUACAGUUAGAGAAGUAAAACCCACUCCUACCUUAGUACCCCCAACACCAGAGAUUUCACAGAAUACCUCUUCUGUACCUCAGUCUCCUGAAAUGCAUUCUCCCCAUGAAAUGGAGGAGGAAGAAGAGGAACAUUUAGAGGGUGUUACAGUUGUCAAAGAUGUCAAUGAGUACCUUGGAAAUUAUUCUAGUCACCCAAAGGUUCACUCCCCUACACAUCUUCAAUCCCCGCCCUCUUAUCUGUUACAAACCCCACCCUCUCACAUUUUGACUAUGGAAUCUGAAUCUGGAAUUCAAAUGGGGAACAAUUGUGUACCUUUACUACUGAACCCAGAUGUGAUAGAUACUUCGACAGUACCAUAUAUCUCGCCACAAAUUGGAAUACCUGUUUGGAUUCAAGGUCAUUUCCCAGUAGCUAAAAUCUUGAAAAGUAGAGGAGAAGGGAUGAACGAUCAGCUGACUCAGAUAGUAACAGAAAACCCGUGAUAUUAUCGCACACAUCUCCCAAGCUGGUGUACCCAGUUAAAACAGUAUGAAUCUACUCUGAUAGUUACCAGACAUUGAUAGUCACAACUAAAAUUAUACUGUGAUUUCAAGAAGUGUUAUAAUACUGCACAUAAUGUAAAUAACUUGUAAAGUGCUGUAAAUAGCUUUAUGGUGUAUUUUAAUUCUGCUAGUAUUCAUGUUCCUUCGUUUAUUGAAGAGAGCUAUAUUUGCUUUACUCUGAAUUCUUUUUGUUUGUUUAUGUAUUAUUAAAGAAAAUAUAUUUAUUUGUUAAGUUUUCAUGAUUAAUAAUAUGAUAUUGCAAAAACUCUGUAGUACAAUAGUUUGUUAGCACUGGCAACAAUCAAUAUGUAUACUGUAAAUUCAGAAAUUAUUUUGUGUAUGUAUUAUUACGAUUUUUGAAGAAUGGACAAAAAUGAAAGAUUAAUUAUUGCGAUUUCAGGAAUCUCUGCAUACAGAUAUAUGUAUCAGAUAUCAGAAUGCGAGUUCUUAUUAUUGAGGUACUCACUCAGUCGCAUUAUUCGCAUUAAUAAAAACCUGGCAAUAAUUUCUGAAUUUACUUACUGUAUAUUAAAUUUAUGUAGUGCCAAAUUUUAAAAGAAAACAGUUUUUAGAAUCUUUAAUUACUGAGUUAAAAUGGUAAUAUAGAUCCAUGCAGUUGGAGGUACCUUUAUAAGUAUAUACAGGACUGUUAAUAUAAGUUUGGUUAUGAAACUUAAGGUUGUGUACAUAUCCAUUUUGCAUUAUCUGGGAGUUCUUCAUGGCACAAGUAAACAGUAUAAAGAUCUUGUCGUAGCAUUAUAAGUUAAAUAGCUGAACAAUUUAUGUUUAAAUGUCAUCCCAUAGUACAAGAAAGUAAAAAACAAAACAAUUAGUUGUAAAAAUUGUAAAACUUUGUCCCUUCUGCAUAUAUUAUUUGAACUAAAAUACUGAAAUUAUAUUACAAAUUUUAUCACUAUGUUUUAUACCAUUAGUUAUAAAUUUUUAGCGAUUGGUCAGAUGUUACUACAUAUUGACUCAAGCUAAAUUUGAAGACCAAGAAGCUGAUAGAGGACCAUGAUAAUGGACCAGUUACAAAGCCAUUACCUACCUUGCAUUUAAUACCUUUAUAAAUGGCUAUUCUGGUUGUGUAUGUACGUUUGAGGGCAGUUUCUGGUUUACCUAAACAUCCUAAAAAUUUAAUAGCACAGUGUCCUUUCUAUUUCAGACAGUAGUCUUUUUUUUUUAAACAAACCACAUCCAGCAACUUUAAUAGUUCCUUCUGACCCUUCCCUCUUUUUGCCUUGUCAUCUUAUUAUAGAAACGAAGGGAUUCUAUGUUUUGAAUUUAUGACACAGUAACACUGACAUGCAAAACCAAAUCUGAGUCUUUGGACUUUCCAAAUCUGUGUAUAAAUGUGAAAACCACAAAACUGUAAAGGUGUGCAGACUUACUGAACAGCAGUGUAUUUGUAAAUCUUAACAGUUCAGCCCUGGAACUCAACUGUCAAUUAUCUUAUGCCAAGAGUUGUGUUAUAUGUUAUUAUAUAGGCUCAAUAAGGACUUGAGCUGAGCUCUAACAUGUAUACUCUUUGAUGAAAUGCAUUUGUUAGUAGUACAAGUGCUACACAAUAUUUUUUAAUGGGCAGUAACAGAUAUUUUAACAUCAUGUACAGUCUGGCAUUUUUAUUCGUUUCUUUAUGUGUUCAUGUAAAACUGUUGUGCUUUCAUCGUAAAACUAGUAUUCAGGUAUAUUACAAAUGUAAAUAUGUCUAAGUAUUUGUAUGUAUAUGAUGUAUAUUAAGUGACCAUUGUCUUGUAAAUUUAUUGUACUUUAAUUUUUUGUGAUUCAAUAAAGCUUACACAGCUAUUUUAAUUCUGUUUUGGAGAUUUUCAAGACAUUUAAAUUAGGAAUAUAGAAAUUAAAAAUAAAGAGUAAAAUGUUGAAAAAAUUUCACAGAAUUAUUCAUAAGCUCAUUUUCAAAUGAUAAUGAAAGUUUUUUUAUGACUGUAAAACCAAAGUCUCAAUACAUGUAGGAGGUAAUACACAGUUACUGCUUUAUGUUUUUGUCAAUGAUAACACUACUGUAAUCAACUUUAGUUAUAAGAUAGGCAGGGAUAGAAUAAAGCUGAAAUGUUUCAAUUCCUAUUAGAAUUCAGACCCAAUUGACAACCAUUUUGAUAUCUGUGAUAUUUUCAUGUUCAUUGCAACAGUAACUGUAAUAUAUCUAUUUUUCUGUAGUAUAUACUGAUAUUGCAGCACUGUUGUAAAUGGUAAAUUAAAAUAAUGAUAAGACUUGGUAAAUUUUAUUAUGGCUAUUAGAAAAAGGAGGACAUGUUGUUUCAAUUUUUUUUUUAAUUUCAAUAUACAACAUUAAUAUGGAAGACUCUGCUUACCUAUAUGUGUAUGUUACACGUUUGUUAUUUUACUUAUAUAUAGAAUUUCAAUCAUUAAAACUGUAGUUGAUAAAAUGAUCUUUUGGCAAAGUAUGAAAAAUACAAUUUGCAAUAAUUUAGGGUAAUGAAUUGAUAUGAAAUGACAAAGGAGAAUAGUUAAAAAAUUUACAGAUGAAGAAUAUGUAUAGAACAUGUUGUAUAAUAUGUGUAUUUUACAAAAUUAUAAAUAUUAGAUUGUUUUUGAAGGCAGACAACUUGGAUUAUUAUAAAUAGUGUACACUGUUGUAAAAUGUACAUAACAAAUAAUAUUUAUUUUGUAUAUCUGUGUCUUAUCUGUGAUUGGUCAAUGUUAUCCUAAACAGAAAUUAUCUGUUCCAUUAAAGAAAUGCAAAAUAUCA